UUAAUUAAACAUUUAAUGAUUCAUAUGGGCUACUCAUAGUAGUAUACCUAGUACUCAUAGUAGUUAACUUACGUAUAUCAACACUUUAUAUAUUACAAUAUAUAUGUGAAGCAGUCAAGGCUAGGCAUUAACUUGUUACUUUUGGCUUUUCAUUAACUUAACUGUUAACUAACUACAUUUCUUUUUUAAUUAACGUGAAAUUAACGAUUUCAUUUUUCACUUUAAGUUAAUAGUUAAUUAAUUUUUUUUUAAUUUAAUUAUAUUUCUCUAUUUCAAUUUAUUUCGUGUUUUCAUGUCAAAAAAUAUUUACCGUGAAUUGUUGAAAGUUAAAAACCCUAACCCUAUGAUGGUACCACUGUCUUUCAUCGUACCACGCGUGCGGAAUUGUGUGUGUGUGUGUGUCGAGGCUAGGACGCCAUUUAGAUUGUUUUUGUAACGACCAAACAUAGACGUUCUCAUGCCAGACAUCAGACGUCAUACUAUUUCAAACAGUUAUUCAAAAACGUUGAUCUUUUAUAUUAUUAAAGGUCGUACAAAUUUGUCACAGAAUCGAAAUUUCUAAAGAGACGAUGAAUUGUUUAAAAGCAGUUAUUUUAUUAUGGACCUGCAUCAUAGCUUUCCAUUCAUUGGUGACCGCUUUCGAGAUUGAAGGUAAGGACAUAAGUGGAGUAGUAGUAAACACUUGUGGAGGAUUGCUUAAAACUAUUGAAGUAGACUUUGUUGAUAUACGUUUUGAAAAAAACCAGCUACUCUUUGAUGUGGUCUUCAAGACUCCAUUAGCUAAAACUGGACCACCUGUACAUAUAACAAUAACUUAUGAUAAAACGCCGUGUAAUGAACAGCAUAAAAUUCAAAAACUCAAACUCCCCGUAAAGUUCCCAAAAUAAUGGAGUAAUACAGUAUCCAGAUAGGCGUUAACAGUCAAGCAAUUACAAUUCAAUCAAUCACUGCAAGAUCACAAAGAAAUGUCAUGGAAAUUAUAAAAUGUUUAAAUAAUUAUUUACAAUAACAUAUUUAUUAUGUUCAGUUUUAAACUUCUGUAUUGCUAAGUAAUAUAAUAUUUGU